UGGCCAGCAGCGGCGGCGAUGGAGGAAGCGCAAGAGCCGGGAAGAGGAGACGAUGAUGCUCCCGCCCCGCCGGCAGCCGAGGAAGCCGGGAUCUCGCUGCACAAUUUCUGCGGGCGCUUAGCGGAGCAGGUCGUGCAUUUCCACGCCAUGCGCCUGCGGGACUCGCUCUUCCUUUGGGUCGGGGACGGCCCGGAGCUCAGCAACCUGGCCGUGGCCAUGUGCAACCCCCGCGAUUCCAUUCCGGCAUCAACCUUACUUUUUGGCAAUGCUUCUGACAAUACCUCCAAUUCUUUAGCUCAAAGACUAGGGAUGAGGAACUAUGGUCUUUUGUGGACUUCAACUCCCAGAAUUCCUGGGCCAGCUGUCAGACCGGGAACCCAUCUUUUUACCUUUGGGAUUUCACGCCUGCCACAUUUUCUACUGCGGGAAACUGAGAGAGAGGAUUAUAGUGUGGGUGAUAUGUAGCCAUAAUAACAUUCUUUCUCUGAAAAUCAAGGCCAUUUUGUCCUGCAGCUGCUAAUGAGGUGACUGGGAGGCAUCUCCAGUUUUAGAUGGCACCUGAUUGGAUCAUAUGAUGGACAUGUGGGUUCUGGGCAGGGACUUGAAGUUUCACUUGGGUGGGGAAAAACUGGAAGCUUUCAGAUUCGGGUUUCCCCGGAUGUGCCAAUAUGACAUCUCUAAUAAAAUGGAACUUUGGGGAAACUCGGGCCAUGGAGUCUUCUGUCGUUGGGGGUGUUUUUUGGAACUCUUGACACCAACUAUGCUGGCUCAAGAAUUCUGACAGUUGAAGUCCACAGGUGCUAA